AUGACUGCGUAUAAAUUCAAACAUGCGAAGAUCACAGUCGAUUGCUAUCAACGCAAGGACGUUCUGUACCAAAUCCAGAUUGCGGCUGAUUUGAUGGAUGCUAAGUCAGAGGAGGCAUUUAUGGCGUGCCUGGCUACCGAGGAAG